AACGCUGUCACUUUAAUAUGUCUGGCUCACAUCUCGUAGAUCAGACCACAGAGGCAGUCCCCAACCUACCGGGUACACACCCUCCCGCCGAAGACCCCGCUGCCUCGCUUCGAACAGCAGCACUGCUCACGCUGAAGUCUAAGAGACGUAAGCUUACCGCAACUACCACUGCACCUCAUAUUGCACGAUCUCUCGCUGCGCCGCCAUCGAUCGAGCUCGACUACGGCUCUGAAGAGCCAUCAGGAACAGCUUCCUCCGAAGUCUCUGGGGCGACCGUGCAACCAGCAAAGACUGUGGCUGCACCCUCCGAAUCAAUGGACGUUGAUGAUAGUCAAGCACGGGAGGAGGGCGAGAUCAGCGACUCUGAGAUGGCCCCGCCUACGCCCAAACUCAAGCCUGACCUGACCUUCAACAAAGUCGUAGAGCAGGGGAAGGCAGCCACGCAAACUCCGCCACAGAAACCCAAAGUUGAACCUAUAUCGCCCACGCUCAGUUCUGUUCCUUCUCGUCCAUCUGUGUUUGCUUCUCCCGCCCUGGUUCCCGCCUUGGCAUCAGCCCAUGUCGAUGAGAACCAUGUCCGGCCAGGAUUAGCCUUGACUCAAGCGCAGUUCGACGCAGCGAAAGACAUUGUCUUAGAUCUGCUUGGCUGGGGCGUGCGUCCGGAGUAUCUCGUAGACUGCGGUCUAAGCCGAGAAAUCAUCUUCUACGUUUUCGUUGAACUCAACCUUCGGCUCCCGACCAACCUAGAUGUCACAGGCCUCCUGCCGUAUACUCCUUCAACUGCUCCGACAUCCCCAAGCGCUCCUCCAAGGCCUCAACAGACCGAGCCGGUGUCAUCUCUCUCAGCUGCUGCGGCGCCUUUUGUACCCAGUACGAGCAAUGCCAACGAGUCCGCUGCACUGUCUCCCAGUCUCUCGGAUAUGGAGCAACAACGCAAAGCGGAGCUGCUUGCCCGCAAGGCCGUUCUGGCCUCGCGGAAGCUCAGGCCACAGAAGUCAUCAUCUGUCUCGCUGCCUUCUACCAGCCCUGUGGCUUCUACUAGUUCUACCAUCGACAUCGUUCCCACCAAGACAGUGGACGACUUCUUGAAGAGCAUUGAACCUGCGGCUCCCUCGACCUCGACCACAGGUGCGACGACUUCGACGAGUACGGCUUCGGCUUCCAUGCGGUCUUCUCGCGCUGUUUACAUGGACCGUAUGAAUGUCGAUGAAGUACCUGGGCUAUCCGGAGGGCCGACGACGGAUUAUACGCCGCUUCCCCGCCCUGUGCCGUCUGCUCUGUCAGCAAAGGUAUCCGGCAUCGGAGAGAGGAUGCCUCCGUCCGCGACCUCGUCAACAUCAAAUCGCUCCUUGGCCGCGCCCCCGUCUACCUCCGCUAUCGGUAAUGGAGACCUGUCGUACGGUAAUGACGAUGACAUGGGUGUUGUUCCUGGCCCGUCCCAAUCACGUCUGGCAUGGGAGGAUGCGCAGUCCACAAGCGUCCGCCGGGGGACCAAGCGGCCUGUCGCCGCCGACUUCGUCGACUUGGAGCCCGGUUCCUCUCGCUCAGGGGUGCGAACCGACAACUACCGGCCACCAGUUCGAAGAAGGACGACCGGCUUUGCAGGUCUCACUCAACGACGAUGUGUCAUCGACCUCAGUGACACUGAAGACGAGCAGGAAGAGGCAACUCUUUUGAUCAGUGUUGUGUCGUCCAGGACGGACUCUCGUGGACCAAUCGCGAGCACCCCUGAGGCGUCCGUCGCCCCGACACCGUGUGUUGAUUCUCCGGUUACUCCUCUGAUUAACCCUGCGGCAUUGUUGGAGAAAGAGGAGCAGAUCCGGAGAAUGCGGGAGCUUAUUGCCCAGCGUGAGCAAAAUCGGUUAAAGAAAAUCGCACUGGCGUCGCGCGGUACUGCUCUAUCGUCGAACACGCAGACCAACGGCUCAGCUACUGUCAAGCAAGAGGAAGAUGACGCGGUUUCCGCACGAUCGUUACAUCUUUCCCGAAGUAGUUCGUCGUCGACGCCGGAAGUCUCCAGUGGACGACUGAGCGAGAGUCGAGAUGAGCGUACAGUUCUGAGCAGUCUUGUCUAUCGAGGGACCAACGGGGACGGGACUGUAUCUCUACCAGACUCGGAGUCGCCAACUAGCCCAACAACACCGAUAGAGGUCAAGGCGCUAGAACAUGCAGUCACAGGCGACGAAGGCAAGUCCUUGGACAAUACGAGUUCUCCUGCAGUACUUCAUCCUCAUCGUUCAUCCCUAUCCCUGCUUCCUCUCAAUCUUCGUUUUCCAAUUCCGACGAUUCUGGGGUUUUUGCGUGCUCGUAAUGUUGGGUGGCAUGCGUGGUGACGUCAUCGUACUUGUUUUCGAUGGUCGUGUGGUGAUGCGGUCCCUAGUUUUGACAGCUGAAGCACGACAAGAACAAGCGGCAAGGAUCUUUUCUUUUUAUGCCGCGCCUCUAGCGGCUAUCCGAAUCCAUGCUAAACUCUUGUCUUCUCUGGGUACUCUCUUUUGUACUCCCAUUUUUAUCUUUGUUACUUGCCCUUGUCAUCUUUCUACCUAUCUCUGUCUUGUCUGCCCUUUUCUUUCUUUCCUUCACAGGUUAUCGACUCUGAGGAAUCUGUCGAACAAAGUGAUAGCGCAGAAGUCGACGUCGUUGGCAUCCGUCCAGAGACGUCGGCUCAGGUACGUAUUCAUUUGCGGUAUCCUCGCGUAGGAAACAACCGUCGGUCGACUGCUGCUGACUACUUCUGCUACAGAUCGAGGUCAUCGCAACUGCCGAGCACCAGCAAUCUACCGAAUCGUCCACAUCUUUUGAGACUUAUCAUUCGCUGUUAGAUCGCCAUCCUCUCCUGCGUGCCCCUCUGCAAGACUCCGGUUCUCUCGUGCCUAUGCCUCCUCCUGCAGCUUUCGCUGGAUUAUCUUCCAGCGCGACCUCCGCUAACAUUGAUCUGAAACCGCUCAAGCAAGCCUCGGUUCUAAAGUUUCUGUCAGAUAAUCAGGGCCGAGUCUGCCAAUAUGACAUAGGUGGAGAAUGUAGAGACAAGGAUUGCGAGAACGUUCACCUCUCCCGGCUAUGCGCGGUGGAGCCUAGUGGUAUGUCCCUGUUUGCCUGAUGCCUCGUCGCUAACCUCUUCAUCACUUGUUUAUCUCAUACUCUCUGCGUCUAUCCUUUUCAUCGGCGCACUUCUUGCGCUUGUAGACGAGGACACAGCGCAAUACUUGUGCUCGUCAAUACCGGCCGCUCAACGAUUCGGCACGGAAGCAUUCAAGAAGGCUCUUGACCUGGCACGCCUCAGCCACCCGACCAUGUCGUUCGAAGCCCGUGUACAAGAAGCGCUGUCCCGGCUCGGACUGCGAUAGUUGGCGCGACGAUUGGUGAUUUCGGCAAGCGACCCUUUCGACCUGUGGUCAACAAGCCCGCUCCUGCAGGUUCACGGCCCUGUCGAGGCGGCGAAGACGUUCGUUCGUUGAAGAGCGCGUAGCGCCACCGGCUCGUCCGCGACGGCGCGGGCGGUCGGCAAUGAAGGGCAAAGAGGAGGAUUAACAGCUACAUGUCUUGUCGUUGGGUUGUGGGUUGUGGGCGCUCGAUAGUGGCGUGUUACAGCUUCUUUAGAAGCGUGACGACUCCUGCGCGUUGUGUGUCGGUGUUCGCGUUCGGCAGAUUGGUGGCAAAGAUAAAGAUGGUAUUCCUAUACCCAGCGGCUGGCGACACACGGAUUCGCUUGGGUUUGUGGUCGUGCGUUCUGUCGGUCGCCCGCAUCUAGUACUGGCAUUGUUGCAUAUGGACCUGCA